UCGAGUGAUUACGGUACAAGAAUGAAUUGUCAUAUUUUAUUCGUUUUCAAAGUCGGUCAUUCUGUACAACGAAAGCCUAAACCAGUUAAUGGUCGAACACAUCAUUGGAGGUGUUAUGUAGACAGUUGGAAUCCUCGUUAUCCUUUGUCAACAUUCGUGAAGAAAGUUACUUUUAAACUACAUAAUACCUUUGAAAAUCCAAGACAAGUUGUACGACAAGCUCCUUUCGCUAUAGAAGAAGAUGGUUUUGGGACAUUCCAGCUACAAAUCGAAGUCUCCUUUCUCGACUGCGUUACUACAUUUUAUUAUGAUUUAACACUUUUCGAUCAAAAUGCCUUACACACAUAUCGUACGAUACAAAUGGAUCCGGCUCCUGAAGAUUGGAAUAAACUCAUUCAACUUGGCGGAAUUGCUAUACCGCGGACAUCAACUCAGUCUACUGUACAUGAAAUCGUUCAAACUAUUCAGUCAUAUUCUGACCUAGAAUCACUUCAUCCAUUCUCAUUUUACCCGGAAUUAGAACCAACUACCAAAUCAGUUGGUAAAGAAAAGCCAUCUAUUUAUACAAAUCAAAUGAAGGCACAUAAUUACCAAGAAUCUGAUGCAUAUACAAACUCAAGCUCAAAUUAUCAGACUAUGCAUAGUGAUGAAUUAACAAGAAAAUCACCGGAAAAUCAUAAUUUAUUAAUAAAUUCAAAUGCUAGACAUAGUUUACCGAUAUCAUCACCUUCCUCGAAUCGAUCGUUGACCAAUCAAAAUCUACCUCAAAAACAUAAGAAAAAACUACAAUUAUUGCAUGAAGCUCAGUUGUUGUUGGAAAAAGCACAACAAAGUAGAAAUUGGGCUCCGGUAAUCUCUCCACCGCCACCACCACCUAUACAACCAGUUAUAACUGGAACUAUAAAUAGUCCUGAAGAUAGUCAUGUACCUUCACCAAAUCCAUCCACAUGGUCUUCACAGUUAAGUCCAUCAAGAUCAAGUUCGCAUGACCCGACAGAUGUAUCAGAUCAUCAUCAACAUCAUCUAUCUUAUGAGAAUCAAAGAUCUCCUGUUUCACAAUUUCAUGGGCACGCAAGCACCGAUCUACCUUAUAAUAAAUCUCCAAGAUCUGAUGCUACUAAGUUUAAUUCUAUGGCUGCCUCUAAACAAGAUAGUUCUGGUCUUAAACAACGUAUUGUAUUAAAAUUAUCACGAUCAAGUUGUGGUAGUCAGUUAUCUGUUUCAUCUUCGCAACCACUUGAAGACGAACCUAUGGAAAGGUUGGAGAAAAAGAAACGUAAAAAGGAAUCAAAGAAAGAACGUCGUAUGAAAAAUUCAGCGGGCUCACCUGUAAAACAUUUGUUUGGAAGUCAAAACACUAAUAUGGUAACUACCGCUACUGUCAACACAUCAGAUAUAAUUGAUACAGCCACCAACAAGAGUAAACUAUCUGCACAAAUACUGUCUUCAGAAACAUCACCGUUGUGUAAAAAGCAUUCACCGAGAAAAUAUUCAUCUCAUGAGACUUAUUCAAAUAAUUCAAGUCCUGAAUUGACUUAUAAUCCACGUAAAUCCACACUAAAUAAUAGUCCCAAAAAUCCCUCCGAUAAUAAUAACAACAAUAAUAUGAAAACAUUUGUAGAUAUAGAUGGACACAGUGAUAUGCUCAUUUAUAAUCAAAGAAAUGCAAAUAAACAUUCACAUCAACAAUAUUCACCAAUUAACAAUAUGCAACAAGAUACAAAUGAUGCAUUUACAGCAUCUGAUAUUGAUUCACUAUGUGAUUCUGUUAGUCGCUCAACUCACUCACAUUUACUUCUUAUCGAUCAAAAAGAUGAUUAUCAUGACGAUUCUGGAAGAGAAACUCCAGUAGUUGAUUAUUUUGGUGAUGAAUUUCAACAACCACAUGGUCAAAAAGACCAACAGCAUUCAACUUCAUUCCCAUCAUCAACGACUGCAUCUUCGUCUAAUGUAAGAAAUUUCAAAUAUGUUGAUGAAAUAUCUUCUGUUAGUAAUAAAAAUCGUGUUCAGCCGAUCGCUAACGAUGAUGCUGGUAGUCAUAGUAGAUUAGAUGAUCCAGAAGAACCAUUGAUACGUUCAGCUGUUGCUACUACAAGUAGUGAAUUAUAUGAAGAAGAUUUUGAUGAUUUUACACCACCGUCAAAAAAUUGUUCCACCUAUGAACAUCCAAACAAUAAUAAUAAUAGUAAUAAUGAUAAUAAUAAUAAUUCAGGAGCAAAGUUUACUAAUCAAGAAGAUUCAAAACGAAAUAAAUUAAAUCUAGAUGAAACACAGUCGUCGUUUCCUCAUUUGAAUAAACAAUACAAUAGUAAAAAUAAUAAUCUAGAUGAAAAACUCAAAUCAAGACAGUCAAAUAGUAAAUCAAAACACAAAAUAUCUCUUAAUUCAUCAAACAAACUGUCAUCUCAUACAGGUAAAAACCAAGUAAAUUUUGAAAGAUCCAGUGACUGCAUCAUUGGAGUACCAUCAUCAGUAAAACAACUCAAAGUAUCAGGUCAUUCAAAUUCAGUAGAUAAUAAUUGUCAGUCUAAAUUAUUUAAUUCUGUCGAAAGUCAUUCAUCAGAUUUGUGUAACAGAAGAAAGCCAGUUGCAAAGAAAUUCAAAUAUCAUGAUAGUUCUUCUUCAUCGUCCUCUUCAUCAUCAACUACAUCAUCGUCAUCAUCAUCGUCGUCGUCGUCGUCAUCAUCGUCUUCAGUGUCAUCAAAACAAUUGGAUAUACCUGUUUUCAAUCAUGCUACAUUGUGUGAAAAUUCACCCACUCGUAAAAUAAAAAGCAACGAAUCAAAACAUAUCAGUAAAUCGCAGAAAAUUGAGAAGUCAUCAGAACAACAGCGACAUUCAUUGAAUAAAAUUCCGCUCAAUGAUCAGGAAACACCCAAAUCGAUAUCAGUUUCCAAUACACAGAAAUACGCCUCAAAAGUUUUAAAUUCUAUUGAGAAUAGUAAGCAGAACAGUAAUGAACAAUUGAUACUGAAAGAACAGUCAAGCCGAGGACCUUCCAAUAGUUCCUCUUCAUUCAACAAAGUCAGUAUUAACAAUAAUAACACUGCAACAUCAACAAUGUUGCGUAUUGAUACGGACUUAAUUGAUGCAGAAUUGUCAUCCUUAUCGUCGGACUCAUCAUGUGCUUCUUCUUCAUCCUCUGUAACUCCACCAAUGUUAUCUGAUGAAACGUUUCACUUGAUAAAUGUAGAUAAAUCUGAAUACGAUGAAUCUCGAAAUAGCAGUGUUAACAAAGUAAAGUCGAAUGUAAGCAAACAUAAUGCGAUGGCGGCUUCUGUACACUCGGCACGUGAAUCAGAGCGUGUUGUCUUACAGGGGGAAAGCGAUAUGAAUCAUAACAGUAAAGUUAUUUCAUCUACUUAUAACAGUAACAAGUUGGAAAAGUGCAUGAACAUCGAUCGUGAAAUGAUUUCUGCAAAUAUCGAGAACAAUAACUUAGAAUCCUCAAAACCCAACAACCAUAACUUGGAAGUUCUAUUCGAUAGACUAAUUCGUUUACGAGAACCGCGCCUGGCUCUUCGUAUGAGUGAAAUCUUGUUAUAUUACAUAUCUGCACAAUCAUUUGAUUCAGUAGAACGUAAAAAUAAGUCAAACAUCAAUGUAUCUAAUAAUAACAAUAAUAAUAAUAAUAACAAUAGCAAAGGUGUAAAAGUGAUACACGAUAACCCUAAAUUGAUCGCAUUCGACCUGCGUAAGUUACCUGAUUCUUGCAUUGUAAAAUUAACAGCUCUUAUUAAAGAAGAUGAAGAAAUAUUUCGAAAACACAAUCUAUCAACUCUGUCUAUAUCCAAUAAUGUAAAAAGUAGUAUAUGUAAUUCUGGAAGGCCUGUUUUUUCUGAAGAGGUUGGUCAUAAUAAUAGCCUUCAUAAUCUCGAAAAGCGUUAUGAUUGUAGUGAUCAUAGAGAUUCUUCAGAAUCUGGGGAUUUAUAACAAUUCUUUAUUUAAUGUUUGUGAUGUUCCAUUGUCCUAUAAUCUUUUCUAAGUAUUAUUUCGACCAAUACAAAUGUACAUCCUUAAGUGAUAUCAUCGUGCUCUAUUUUGAACAUUAUAUUUUUACAGAUGCCUAAAUUCUACGUCUUUCCUUUUUUUUCAUUAUUUUAUACAAAAAUAUGUAUUUUAGUUUAUCGGUUUUUUUGAAAACACACGUUGUAUAUAUACUUGAUGCUUCUAGAGUUUCUCACAAUUUGCUAUCCUCCUAACUUGUUUGACAUACCAUUAAGUAAAUGGUAUGCAUUCGUAAGAUUCUGUGUUAUAUUUUUGAUUGCCUGUAUUUAUUCUCAUUCAAUGCCUUUUAACAUGGAUUUUGUGAAUGCUUGUGUAUACAAGACUCUUUUUAUAAAAGUUCUAUUUUGAAAACUACCGUGUUCUUAAUCCUGUUUAUCA